ACCCACUCAGACCUCGCCAUUUGAACAAUUUAUCAAAAAUAGUUUAUUUUCUCACAUAUUUUCAGACAAUCAUAUAUAUACCACGUGACAAUGAUUAUGCAAAAAAUCAUACCUCUGCUCUUCGUAGUUUCACUUUUUUAUUUAACUACUGAUGCCCAAGUUCCCAUACCCAACGUUCCAUAUGGCGAUGGUACGGACCCCGAACAAGUUAUCGACGUUUACCUUCCAUCCCUUGAUUUCGGUCGGAUCAACAAAGUGAUCAUCCUUAUCCACGGGGGCGCAUGGGGGGCAGGCAGCAAAGCAGAAAUGGCUGGAUGGGUUCCUAUUUUCCAGACCCUGUUCCCCGACUACUGCGUCACCAACAUGGAGUAUCGACUCGGGACCACUGCAAGUCCCGGAUUUCCGAAGCAGCUCGAAGACAUUCACUUGGCCAUAUCAUUCCUAAAAUCCACGUUCACCACAAACGUGACCUUCGCCUUGUUCGGGGGCAGUGCUGGUGCACACUUGUCCAUGCUUUACAGUUAUCUAUGGGAUAGUCAGACCAAGAAUGUAAAAGUGGUUGUCGACUUGGUGGGGCCAGCUGACCUAACAGAUCCAGCUUACACUGAAGAUCCCAUCGUCUCCGAGCUAUUCCUCGCACUGGUUGGUCCUUGUCGAUAUGCGGAAUGUCCUGACCUUUACAACGCUACAAGUCCGGUGACUUAUGUGUCGGCAGAUUCUGCUCCGACUAUCGGAUUUUACGGAAAUGCGGACCCACUCGUACCGAUAAGUCAAGUCGGAUUGCUGAAAAACAAGUUGGACGCAUACGGUGUCAUCAAUAACUUUACGGUUUAUCCAGGAGGCCAUUUCGAUUGGGCUUGGGAGUACACGGAGGAUAUGAUUCUGCAAAUGGCAGAUUUCUUUAAUACGCACUGGAAUUAAACCGUAGUAGAAUUACAGAUAUAAUUAUUUCGUUCAAUGCUUGAAUUACAAAAAUGGGAAUGUUUUGAUAACAAAAAACGUAUCGUAUUUCUUUGAAUUAGUAAAACCGAUGAUCGUAUUUAGAGUUCAAAAUA